AUGGCGGGAAAUAGAGGCGGCACUCCGGCAAUCAAAGACACACAUGGUGGCCGGGGAAGCAGGAGAACCACUCAAGUUCAAAAUCAGGAAGAAGCCUGGCUAGACGCCAAAAACGUAAAGCUAAAGACCCUGAGUCCCAAGCUAACCAAACAACGCCUAGGCCCCUUCAAGGUGACCAAGAAAAUCUCCAACCAAGCAUACCACCUAGAACUCCCGCCAACAAUGAGGAUCCACAAUGUAUUCUAUGUGGGACUUCUGUCAAAAGUCAAAAGGGAUAAAAGGCGCAGCUUUGAAAACUGGCCUCCGCCUGUCACCAUAGAUGGAGAGGAAGAUAUGAGGUUGAAGGAAUCACGGACAUGGAAGAAAGGAACAGGAAAUGGUUCUUCCAAGUCAAAUGGAAGGGUACGGGUCCAAGGAAAACACAUGGGAGCCCCAAGAAAACUUAAAAAACGCCAAAAAAAUUUUAGAAAAGUACAAAAAAGAAAUGAAAAAGAAGGCCCUCAGCGCUGCCAAGGCCCUUAG